AUGAACAAUAUGAUUAUAUUAUUUUUGGUGAUUGUUGCUAGGCUCGGACUGGGGAUUGAGUUGACCUUCGAACUUCCCGAUAAUGCGAACCAAUGCUUCUAUGAGGAGAUGAAAGUUGGAAUUGACUCAGUUCUCGAAUUCCAGGUUGUAACUGGUGGGAAAUAUGAUGUGGAUGUAACACUGGAAGACCCUCAUGAAAGAGUCCUUUAUAAAGGAAUAAAAAAACAAUACGAUAGCCAUUCAUGGAAAACAGAUGUUGAAGGACCUUAUAAAGUUUGUUUCUCAAAUGAAUUUUCUACAUUCAGCCAUAAAAUAGUUUAUAUGGAUUGGCAAACUGGAGAUGAACAGUUUAACGCUGUUACUAAACUAACUGCAAUGAAUCAAUUAGAAUCGUCAGCGGUCGGGAUCAGCGAUCGCUUAAAAAUUAUCGACGAUUAUCAAACACAUCACCGUCUUAGGGAAGCAACAGGACGUAAACGAGCCGAAGAUUUAAAUGAAAGAGUUAUGCUCUGGUCUUUUGGACAAGCGAGUAUUAUCAUAUUUAUUGGUGUUGCUCAGGUAUACUUACUGCGAUCGUUUUUCACAGAGAAGCGAACUGCUUUUUAA